CCCAUUUCAUCCAGACGCGCUUUCUGACAUACGAUCUCAGAACUCGCGUUUCUUGCAUCAAACCGAGCCCCGCCGAUCCCGGAACAUCGCAACCCGCUCCGGCGCUGAGGAGGUUGCCACCUAUGUAGCUCAUACUUCGACGACAACUUCACCGGCUUUCCAUCCUCGGUUUGCGAUUCCAUAGACGCACACCGGCGUCGCAUUCGCCGCGAUGCCGAUCGCGCAGCAUCCCCAAGCCAAAUUCGAUCCGAUCCCGCCGGAUUUCGAUUUACACUCGGUCGUGGAGAGGACCCCGAACUUCCACUGGGUACUACGCAUCUCGGCUGCGCAAAUCAGGAACAUUGGGCCCCAGGAAUUCGAGAGACUGGUGUUCCUUCACGUAAUACACGGUGGGAAGCCGCUAGUUAUCGAGAAAUGGAACGACCGGUUGCCCAAGUCGCUCUUCAGCGCAGAAUGGCUAGAGUCAACAUACGACAAGAAACCCGAGAAUGUUCGCGACGUCGUCGGGCAGACUGACAUCCCCAUGUCUAUGGGCCACUACCUCCGGUCGAUGAAGACGCUCACGAACCAGUGGACACCUAACAAUUACCGCGAUGAGCGACGCCAGCGACUCUACCUCAAAGACAUCGACUGCCCGCCGGAGUGGCAGGAGUACCUGCAGAAAGUCAUCCCCCCGAACCUCUACUACAUGAACGCGAAUGUCGACGAGCGGGCCGGGAAAGGGCGCGGCGACGACAUGGGCAUAUUUCAAGAGGGACGGUCCGCCGCACCUGCGGGUGAUCUGAUGAGCAGCCUGCCUGAAGAGAUGCGCGCUCAGAAUCUCAUGUGCUACAUCGGCCACGAGGGCACUUACACCCCGGCGCAUCGAGAAAUGUGCGCCAGCUUGGGCCAGAAUAUCAUGGUGGACGCCUCUGGCGAGGAGAACGGAGAGCGGCCGGGAAGCUCGAUAUGGUUCAUGACCGAGACGAAGGACCGCGAAGUCGUGAGGGAAUACUUCCUGUCCAUGCUGGGACACGAUAUCGAAAUCGAGAAGCAUUUUGCCCAGGUAAACGCCUGGAAGAAGGCCACCUUUCCUGUGUAUGUCGUCGAACAAAAGGUGGGAGACUUCAUCCUUGUUCCCCCCCUCGCUCCUCACCAAGUUUGGAACCGCGGCACCAGGACCAUCAAGGUCGCAUGGAACCGAACGACGGCCGAAACUCUACAGUUGGCGCUGCACGAAGCACUGCCAAAGGCAAGGCUCGUCUGCCGAGACGAGCAGUACAAGAACAAGGCCAUGCUCUUCUACACCCUGGAGAAGUACUGCAAGGAAAUGGUGGAUACGGAGAAGACAGCCGACAUUGGCUUGCUCGGGUUCGGUCAAGACCUCAUUAAGAACUCGACCAGGAUGAAGCAGAUGGCGGCUGAUUUCAAGUCGCUUUUCAAUCUCUUCACCGAGGUUCUCCUCGACGAAAUGUUCGCGACAAGGGAAAAGGAGAUCGACUACAUCGAGUUCGACUCCAACAUCACUUGCUCCUACUGCAGAGCAAACAUCUUCAACCGCUUCCUGACCUGCAAACACUGCGUACGGCAGCUCGUCAACGGAGACGAAGACACAUACGACAUUUGCAUGGAGUGCUACGCCAUGGGCCGCUCGUGUUUUUGCGUCUCCAAUCUCAGCUGGUGCGAGCAGUGGCACUGGUCUGAUUUGGUCGACCGGUACGAAUCUUGGCGAGCAUUGAUCAUUAAGAACGAUGGUUUCGUCAGCUUUGACAGUUCGCCCCUCCCGUUGGAGCUCGCAAGAAGAAAGUUGGGCAAGAAGUCAGUUGCCCAAAUCUGCCAGGAGCAACUCCGGAUGCGGCCCUGGAAGGACAUUACCCAGGCGAAGGAGCCAUCCGAGCCCGAGUCAGAUAUCGAGGUCGAUGACAAUGGCCGGCCGAAAAAGAAGAAGAAGAGGAAGGCCAAGAAGGGCGACGUGUACCGUUGCCACGUCUGCCAGCACAAAGACUACAACUACAAGUUAGCCUUCUGCACGAAUGAGGCUUGCCAUGACGCGUAUUGUUUCGGCGUGCUUUACAGGGCCUUCGACAUGAUGCCGCAGGAGGUGGUGCAGAACGAACAAUGGCAAUGUCCCAAAUGCCUCAAAAUUUGCAACUGCGCCGCCUGCCGCCGGGCUGGGAACGGCGUUCCCUACAUUCCCAAGACGACGCUGCUCGGACAUGAUACCCGCCGAAUCGCAGACGACCGCAGCGUUGAGACUUUGGUCGACUUCCGCGUUCACAACUUGUCCUGGCUCAAGAGUGUGGGUGACGAGAGUCGAAGUCUGUCGAGCAAGCGAAUGCAGAGACUGCAACAAGCGGCCGAGGCGGAAAAGGCGAAGCAAGCCGAUAUGCCCAACCAAGUACCCACCCUGCCGGACGGCGCGCUGGCCGAAAGUCUGGAUGCCGCUAUGCUGCAGCAUGCUGCCAACGGCCACCACGAUCAGACCGGGACCCUUGGCCCUGGAGUUGCGCCCAUGGGAGAAUACGCCGUGCCUCAAGGCGUAGUCGAUGGGCAUCAACAAAACGGCGACCACGCAGGCCCCGCUGCCGUGGCUGACAUGUCUAUGGGUGUGACCCAAGAUCAGUCCUCGUAUCCAGACCCCUCGGGGCUCGGCCGCGAAAGGAUGCUCGGCAUGGGUUACUACGAGCAAGACGACAGCCCUGACAAGAUUCUCUUUGACCCGUAUCAGAUGCCUUCAACAGAGGCUUUGGUGGCGGAUGACGAGCCUGAGAUUUCCGAAUACCACAAGAAACAACUUCGGAUCACGAAGCGACGGGCUCGGCAGGAAGAAGACGACGAUCCGGACUUCCAAGGGCCACGCUCUCACCACAGAAAGAAACCCAGGCUUGAACCCGAGCCCCAGCGCGACGCCCAGGAAGUUGCGUUGAGCAACAUGGACCCCGCCUUGUUUGGCGGUGACGAGACGAUGCUUGACGCCCCUACAGAAGAAGCUGAGCCUGUCCAACCCGAAGCGCCGGCAGAGACCUCGCAACAAAUACCCGAGCCAGCUGACGGGGCUCAAGAGACAAGUGAACCGCAGGGAUACUCCCCCAACCGGCCAGCGCUCCGACACGCGCGGCCGAAGAUAUCGUACAUCGACGAUGAGAACGGAGAGGAGGAGUUCAACGACAUAUUGAUUCCUCGUUCGCAGCGGCCACCAGCGGGUAUCUCGAACUACGACCCAGAACAGGCUAGAAAGGACCCGCUCGAUCUAGCGUCGGCGGCUAUCUUCUCUAUGACUGGCAGCUCCACGUCAGCUGCCCGGGCCACCACUGCGCCAGCGCCACCUCCUAAGAAGCGAGGUCGGCCACGGAAGUCGGAGGUCUCGGGAGCUCAGAGUGCAGCUCCAAAUCAUGAACCAGAGAAGCCGACAAAGCGGCGUGGACGGCCUCCCAAAGCGCAGCCUUCACUUGAUGCGGGCCUUGAAAACGAAGACACCGCUGAUCUUGACGCUCAGCUCGCGCAGCAGCUCGACGGCUUUGACGAUGAAGGCGAGGUCAUCAACACGGAGACAGCGCCUCUGGAUGGGACGGCAGGACCUACAGGGCCGAGGAAACGCGGUCGUCCGCCACGCAAAUCCCAGCCUGAAGCCCCCUCCAAAAGACCAGGGCUGGCCGUGGAAUUGCCCUCGCAGCCCCUUCUGUCUAUGGCUGAAAGAAUGCGUCUUAAGGGCAAGAAGUUUAAAAUUGGUCAACGAAAGGGAUUAGCGGGUGCAGCGACCACCGCUCCAGCGAGAGAAACCGAUAGAGAGAGCAGCCCUCCGGAGGCCGAGCCAACCCCCAAACCGGCCGCUAGAGGCAGAGGCAGACCCAGGGAGGAGGCCGCUCGUGACGGAACAGAGAGCGCAGACGACGACUUUGAUCCUGCCGCUGAGGAGGAAGCGGUCUCGGACGAAGCACGCAGCCCAUCUCCGCCCGUGUAUGACGAACCCGAACCGGUCCUAGAGGCAGAGCCCGAGUCACUCCUGGAGGCAGAGCCUGAGCCUUCCCCGCCGAGCAUCUCUGCAACACCGCCUCCAGCGUCAUCUCUGACUGCACAGAUGGUUUCCCACUCACCGUCCCCUGAACAGGAACCCGAACCCGAACCCGAACAGGAACUCGAGUCCGAACCCUCCCCGCCUGUCGAACCCUCCCCACCCGUCGAACCCUCCCUGCCCACCGAACCAUCACCAUCUCCAGAACCAUCACCCCCGCCGUCACCACCGCGACUCCCGUCCGGCCCGACCAUAGUUAGGUUAUUGGACUCGGACGAGGAGGACGACUAUUACGGCGGGGAGAGCGCGUCACGGUCGGGGUCCGGGUCGGGGUCCGGGUUGGGGCAUGAAGACGAGGUCGGUGACGGCGCCGUGACGGGUGCCCUGGAGCCGAGUGAUUCGGACUCGAGCGAGGAGGGGGAUAUACCCGCGGGGCCUGGUCUGGCGAGUCGCGGGCGGGGCGUGGCUGUGAGAGGGAUGGGUGUGGCUACGAGAGGGAGAGGGCGGCCGAGGGGGGGCGGAAGGGGAAGGGGAAGGGGGCGGGGGAGAGGACGGGGGGUGGCGGUGUGA